UUUACCUGCGGAAAAAGAUUUAACCCCAGAUUUAUAAUAUUUCCCGGAAGUAGCCCCCACACUGAAAAAAAAAGAAGACUAAUAUCAAAUCAGAAUUUGUAAAAUCUUAUAAAUAUCCUGCAAAAUCAUCAAAACUGAUAAAUUCUGAGUUUUUUCAUAGUAUGUUGACAUUUAUAUGAUACCAGUUACAACAUGUCAGCUUCAAUAUUAAAGAAAUCAGGCUCAGAUAUAGUCAUCCUCGCUGCUCAAAGAACUCCCCUUACCAGAUCUGUUAAAGGUGGUUUAGCUAAAUUAUACCCUGAAGAAUUAUUAUAUGAAGUUUUAAGAGGAACUCUUGAAAAAUCAAACAUUGAUCCAAAUUUAGUUGAUGAUGUAUUGAUUGGAACUGUCUUGCAAACUUUAGGUGGACAAAAAGCAUCAGCUUUGGCAGUUAAAAAAGUAGGAUUCCCUGUAAAGACCACUAUAAAUACCAUUAAUCGUCAAUGUGCUUCUUCUGCUCAAGCUGUAACUUAUCAAGCUGGUUCAUUAAAUUCAGGUGAAAAUCAAUUUGUAAUCGCUGCUGGGGUGGAAAGUAUGACUCAUGAUUAUUUCCCUCAUAGAGGUAUACCGGUUAGAAUCAAUCAAGCCUUUAAAAGUGAUGCUAGUGAUGAAGCUCAAAAUGUUUUAAUGCCCAUGGGGAUCACUAGUGAGAAUGUGGCCUCUAAAUAUGGGAUUUCAAGACUUGAUCAAGAUAAAUUCGCCGUUGAAUCUCAUUUGAAAGCUGCUAAGGCUACUGAAUCAGGGCAUUUCGCUAAAGAAAUCAUCCCUAUUAGUGCUCGAGUUACAGAAUUGGAAGAUCCAAAUAUUCAAUAUAAAUUAAUUGCUCAAGAUGAUGGAAUUAGAGCUAAUUCCACCGUGGAAAGAUUAUCCAGUUUAAAGCCAGUAUUCACUGAAGAUGGAACCACUACCGCUGGGAAUUCAUCACAAAUUUCAGAUGGGGCAUCAGCUGUAUUCUUAACUACUAGAGAUAAUGCAACAAAAUUAGGGAUUAAACCAAUUGCUAGAUUCAUUGGAUCAGCUGUGGCAGGUGUUCCAUCAGCAUUUAUGGGUAUUGGACCAUCAGAAGCUAUUCCUCAAUUAUUAAAUCGUUUGAAAUUAUCGACAUCUGAUAUUGAUAUAUUUGAAUUAAAUGAAGCAUUUGCAUCUCAAUCAAUCUAUUGUAUUGAGAAAUUAGGUCUUGAUUAUGAUAAAGUAAAUCCAUAUGGUGGGGCUAUAGCCUUAGGUCAUCCAUUAGGUGCUACAGGAGGUAGAAUCGUGGCCACUUUGAUUAAUGGUUUAAAGAGUCAAAAUAAACAAUUGGGUGUACUUUCAAUGUGUACUUCUACCGGUCAAGGGUAUGCUGGUUUAAUUGCCAAUGAAGAUUAAAAUGAAUGAUAAUACCAUGUAGAAAAACGUAUAUAUAUAAAUAUAUAGAUUAAUAAAAUUGAAAUUAAAAUUACGAAAAGAAAUAAAGAAAGAAAGGAAUAAAAAGUAGCAAACAGCAAUAACGUCAAUUGAGAGGGAUGUAUUCAUAACCCUU